UCCUUGCCUAGUGGUCCUGAGCGAGAGCAUGCAUGACUGAUUUCACGGAAUGAUCGCACUGAUUGCCUCCCGCCAUAUCGAUGUCGUUAUUGGUGGUGUUAUCUUCUGUCGUCAUUGUCAGUUUUGCUGGCGUUUGUUAGGGGACUGGCUGCAGCGCAGAGAACUGAUUCCCUUGCAAUGGCUCUGUGACUUGACAAGGCAGAGAUCAUUCCUAAAAAUUCGGAAACUGUGUGAAGAUGUGGGAGGAAACCGGAGUCCCCGGAGAAAACCCACGCAGGCACGGGGAGAACAUGCAAACUCCACACAGGCGAGGCCGGAUUUGAACCCGGGUCGUCAGUACUGUGAGGCAGAAGUGCUAACCAGUUGUCCACCGUGCCGCCACCAUUACCUAGGAUCGGGAAAAAAAAUGAAAGCAUCCAUAUCUUUUCUGGUCCUACUUCACGCAAUUGUGGUCCAUUGCCUGAGAGUGGUGUCAAAGAGAGGCUCAGUGGAAGGAUGUACGGAUUGGUCCGUGGACUAUCUGAAAUACAAGGUGCUCCUGGGAGAACCUGUUCGGAUAAAGUGUGCUUUAUUCUAUGGAUAUAUCCGUGCUAACUACACACAUGCUCAGAGCUCAGGACUCAGCCUCAUGUGGUACAAAAGUGCUGGACAUGGCGAUUUUGAAGAUCCCAUCAGUUUUGAUGGGACACGGAUGAGCAAGGAGGAAGAUGCAAUAUGGUUUCGACCAGCCGAACUAGACGACGUGGGGUACUAUUCCUGUGUAUUAAGAAACUCCACCUACUGCAUGAAGGUGUCCAUGUCUCUCACGGUGGCAGAAAAUGACACAGGCCUCUGUUACAACUCCAAGAUGAGGUUCUUUGAGAAAGCAGAACUGAGCAAAAGCAAGGAUAUCACCUGCACAGUCAUCGAAGAUUACAUCCAGCCAGGAGUGGAACCCCAGAUUGUCUGGUACAAGGAGUGCAUGCCAAAGCAAUGGAGACAGACAAUCGAGAGUAGAAGGGACACCCUCUCCAUCAAGGAAGUUCGGGAAGACGACAUUGGGAAUUACACCUGUGAAUUACAGUUUGGAAACUUUGUGGUGCGGAGAACUACGGAACUAUCUGUCACAGCUCCUUUGACAGACAAGCCGCCCAAAAUCCUCUCCCCAUCCGAGAGCCAGACCAGCGCCAUCGAGAUGGCACUAGGAAGUCCAGUCAACCUGACGUGCAGAGCGUUCUUUGGCUACAGCGGUGAUGUCAGCCCACUUAUUUACUGGAUGAAGGCAGAAAAGUUUAUUGAGGAUCUGGAUGAGGAGCGGGUACGGGAGAGUGAUAUCAAGACAGUCCGAGAGCACUUGGGGGAGCAGGAAGUCUCCAUCUCACUUAGCAUUGAUUCCCUGGAGGAGAGCGAUCUGGGAAACUACACCUGCUACGUGGAAAAUGGCAAUGGUCGGCGGCAUGCAAACAUCCAGAUCACCAAGAAAGUCGAGCUCAUGUACACAGUGGAACUGGCCGGCGGUCUGGGCGCCAUUCUGCUCCUGCUUAUCUGCCUGGUGACACUGUACAAGUGCUACAGGAUUGAGCUCAUGCUCUUCUACAGGACCCACUUCGGCAGUGAGGAUUUAGAUGGAGAGAACAAAGACUAUGAUGCCUACCUGUCCUACACAAAAGUAGACCCAGACCAGUGGAGCCAGGAGACUCGAGAGGAGGAGCGCUUUGCCCUGGAGAUCCUGCCCGACGUGCUGGAAAAGCAUUACGGGUAUAAACUCUUCAUUCCAGACAGGGACUUGAUCCCCACAGGAAGUUUCACCAGUGAUCAUUUCCAGGAUGACACCAGACUACUUAGAGCUUACAUCGAGGAUGUUGCACGCUGCGUGGACCAGAGCAAGCGCCUCAUUAUCGUUUUGACGCCCAGCUACGUGGUGCGGAGGGGCUGGAGCAUCUUUGAGCUGGAGACGCGUCUGCGCAAUAUGCUGGUGACAGGCGAGAUCAAGGUCAUCCUCAUUGAGUGCGCCGAGCUGCGUGGCAUCAUGAACUACCAGGAGGUGGAGGCCCUUAAACACACCAUUAAAACGUUGACAGUCAUCAAGUGGCGCGGCUCGGCCAGCAACAACCUAGACUCCAAGUUCUGGAAGCAGCUUAUCUACGAGAUGCCCUUCAAGCGCACUGAGCCCCUGAGCAUCUCCCACGAGCAAGUACUGGAUGUGAGCGAGCAAGGGCCUUUCGGUGAGCUCCAGGCGGUAUCGGCCAUGUCCAUGGCGACCGCCACCUCCACCGCCAUGGCGACUGCACACCCGGACUUGCGCUCCAACUUCCACAAUUCGUACCACACCCAGAUGAGACAGAAACACUACUACCGUAGUUAUGACUAUGAGAUGGCACCAAGGGGCACUCUCCCGCACCUGUCCUCCAGCAGAAACCAGCACACGUACUGCAACAUCCCCAUGACACUCCUGAACGGACAGCGGCCACAGUCCAAGUCGCCGCGGCAGCAGAGUUUAGAGGAAGGCCACGGCAAUAAUGCCAUGCUGCCACUUCUGCCCCGAGAGACCAGUAUAUCCAGUGUCAUUUGGUGACACACACCCCUCACCGCUACACAGGACAUACUAAUCCAGGAGACGGGGUUGGAUUGGUUUUGUAGCGCAUUUAUACUUUGUUCUUUCCAUUUUCAAUUGGUCAUUGAAAUGCAAAAAAAAAAAAAGAAAAAAAAAAGAGUGACUAAUUAUUUUGUUCUUUGUUUUUUAAUCUAAAACAAAAAUGAAAAAAAUGCCAGAAUUUUCACGUUUCAAUUUCAGGCCCAAAUCAGUUUAAAAAAAACUUCAUUGAAUUGAAUUUGUGGGAUUUACAUGACCCGGAAGUUUUGUAACAAGCCUCAAUAAAGAUAGCAGCCAUUAUCAGUCAGGUCCACAAACACAAUUCAUCCAAUGAUCAGCCAUAUCAUAACAUAGCCAAUUGUGUAUUGAUUGUUUAGAGCAGUGGUUCUCACAACCUAAAAAAAUACUUAGCUCUCCAAGUCCCACCAUCAUGGCUAACAUUAACAUACAGUAACGUAGUAGGCCCAAGUGUUCAUCUACAACAAAACAGAGGUUUUAUUCCUAAAAAAGUAUAUUUAAUAUGAUUGUAAGUCCUGUACAUUAUAACAUUAUGCAGUUUGCCCAUCACUGUGCUUAAAUAUAGGUAAAUAAAAAAUCAGUAAUUCAAUAAUUAAUUAAUUAUUCAAAUUAAAUGUAUUGCACACGAAUGUAAAAUAAAAUUGUACCUAAAUAAACUGUUGUUAAAGAUGAAAUGCAAAGGCAUUGAACUUAAAAGUUAAAUACAACUGAACUGUAUGCAGGCAGCGAUUCGCCCACAUACAGCACUUUUAGAAUCACUGUGUGUAUACAUAUCAGUCGGGGCCCUAGAAAGUCAAUACAGCAUGGCGCAAUAAACCAAGCGUUCCCAAACUGGUUCUGCCUACAACAAAAGCAAACAGUAUCUUCCGUGUCAGAAUUAAUACAUGAAGCCAAAAACAAUACCAUUUCCAACACAUUUGUCCUAGAUAUAAUAUGGCUGCUGGAUCGCUUGAUGGCUCGUGGUCACGGUCCAGAUUGAAUGUGGCACCAGUGGCAGCUAUCACGCUAACAUAGCUUUGCUUAUGCUCAUUACCAAUUUUGCAGGUCACUUGAACACAGCCAAUUAAAUAUUGACAUCAAACUCCACCCUGUCGCAAUUUAAUUUUUCAAUUUUUUUGUCCUGUUUGGGUGUUAGGUGAAGCAGAAUGGAGGAUCUGUGUCCCUUUUAUGCCAGAGCAGUUUUACUGUGUCACAGUGGAAUUUUUAAGCUUCCACUGUGGUUUCUUAGUAUUAUAAUUGAAGUUUAUUGAGAAUCAGAGAUGAACAGAACAAAGUUUCUAGAGGCGAGAGAGAAACAAAGACAAAAGACAAAGCACUAAUUGUAAAGAGGAUGAGAAAAGUAAGUCAUUACAUUAUCUACGACAAUGAAACAUUAAAUAUGAGUGUUGCAUGGGGCUGUAGUGCUACAACCUGUUAGGGAAGGACAGGACAAGCUCGAACAGGACAAGGGUCGUGAACCUGGCUGUACAAUUUCGGUGUGUUGGGAUUGAUUAUGUAAAUUAUAAAAGUCUAUAGGACGAGAGUAUGAGUGAGGGGAUACACAAGCAAUUCGCAUAUUCAUGAGUUAUUUGUCGCAAUGGGUGUGUGCCUGAGGACACAUGCAAGUGAAUUGACACUAUUUUACAUACACAAUGACUGACAGAAGUGUCCUGUAAUUGCUGUCCCCGCACUGCAGAGGCUGAGGACCCCACCCAAUCAAUCAAGGGGCAAUUUUGUAUUUGUAAUCUGAACCUUGAAUUGAAUUAAUAAAAAAUAGUACAUAGUGUACAUAGUACUGAAGUAUUUUUUUUCUUUUGUGAUUACAUUAAAAACAAAUGAGAAAAUAAUUAGUUUUUGUUUUUUAAUUUUUGAUUGCCCAUUGAAAAUGGAAAGAACAAAUGAUGGGCUGAUUGUUUUGUCACAUUGAACAACAAAUCGAAAAUAAGAACAACCGUUUUGCGCCAUGCCUGUAAAAACUGUCACGUAACUUAAGCCAACACUGGCUAAUAUGGCUGGGAAAAUGCUGGAAUACAGGGUCAUGUACAUAGUGUUUGUACUUUGUAGCACUUCUUUUUGUUGAUGACAUUCUCUCUGUCAUCUUUUGGGACUUUUUGUGUUUGUUUGCUCACUUUUCUGAAGCAAUGGCUUGUGAAAUCACAGAAGUUAGUGUGUAGAUCGAUAAAGGGGCGUGGGUGAUUAUCAGUGGUGGAAUGGAUCUCCGAGAGCAAAGUCUCAGCUGCUCCAACCCUGUAAAUGACACAAACUCAGGAGUCCCCAACCCCAAUAAUGGAUGGCAGUGGUACCUGAGAAAUACGGUGCUAAAGGCUUACUUCACUGUUUUCUUAGCGAUAACACAGAUUUAUUUACCUUAACAAAUGAUUCUAUCACAGAAAAUCUAAAUUGUGUAUUAUUUUAUGAAAAUGGUCUAUUUUUGUAACAUCAUGUGACAGAAGGACUUUAAGAGUACAGCAGAGUUUUGUCAUGUAGAGGGUUAGAUGACACCCUCUGAUGGGUAAUUCACACAUAUUAAAGUCUUACAUAGCAAAGAGUAAAUUACAGGUCGAAAGUCUUAGGCCACCUUAUGUUGUGUUGUUUUAGCAGCCAAUGUACCUCAGAAGAGUGCAGAUCUCUGCCAAUGGCAGACAAAAGUCAUCCUGAAGUAUGUUACAAUUCUGGGGAGUGAUUGAAAUAUUGACUCAGACAUUGAAAAUAGGAGCUCACCAAAAUUUUAAAGUUUCUUUUCUUGACCCAUGUACUAACCAUAAGUCAGAUGUCUCUUGUGUUAACUGUAUAUUUUAGACUAUUUACUGUUCUACUGUGUCAAAAUGACUGUUGAGGAAGAAAGUAAUUAAAACAACGCUAGUGAAGGCCUAAGACUUUUGCACAAUACGUAUUUGCGUCAUUAAAAAGGCAAGUUGUAACACUUGAUGCAACAAUGCCGUUGGCGAUGAGGAGACAGAGGAAAGGACAAGCCACAUCAUCAUCCAAAGCAUUUGCUUCCUGCGGUUUCUUCAGUUGGAACAGGGCUAAGCCAUCAUUCGUUGCCUAUACGAUUGCUCUGCUAUUUGAGCACCAUUCCAUUUCUCCACCAGGACAGAUGUCAGUUACGUAUACAGUAGUGCAAACAUUAGGGCUUUGGUCUCCGAACUCAGGAUGAUGUUGUGUGGUUUUUUUUUUUUUGGUCUAAGUUUUUUUUGUGUGUGAAAAGCGGGACUGCAUCUGUGUUGUGACCGAGAGCCAUAAUAUUGCCAUAUUAACUAAAUAAAUACAUCGCCAGGAUGUGGUGAUGGAAGAAAAUA